AUGAGCUCAUCGUCUGGAAUGCGAUUUCACCGAGCCCUACGGCUUUUGGGACUCGCCUCCCUUAUCGGAGUCGCCCUUUUCGUAACCAACAACACCUCCGUCCAAUUUAUCCCGGUACCUGAACACGCGCAUGAGGGACCCUCGGGGCCCGCAGGCCAGGAGCAAAUUCCUUCCACCCCAACGCACGAGACCCAUCCGAUUGCUCAGCUACUGGGCAAUUCCCGGUCCGCCUGGAGUCAUGUGCGAUCACGCCAAUCCAAAACUCUCGAAGAGGCCGUGAAGGAAUACGAGCGCCGAUACAAGUUACCCCCUCCACCCAAUUUCGAUAUAUGGUUCAAAUUUGCGAAAUCGAGGGGAAUUGAAUUGACUGAUGAAUAUGAUUCUAUCUACCAUUCUUUGCUGCCUUUCUGGGGCUUGCAGCCGAAGAUUAUACGUGCUCGAGCCAAAGAGGCCUUAGGGUAUGAUAAUGCUCUUAUCGGGGUUUUAAUUAGGGAUGGAAAAGUUAGCCUCGCUAAUGGUGGAGGGGAUAAUAAUUUUUGGAAGAGAAAGGCUUUGAUGGGGAUGAUGAAGCCGUUUGUGGAAUAUCUUCCAGACAUGGAUUUGGCUUUCAAUACGCACGACGAACCUCGGGUAGUUAUACCAAGCGAUGACCUUAACAGAUUAGUUUCGAGUGCGCUCCGUGGCAUCGUUUCGGAUAGAGGCAAUAAAUCGCUGGAAAAAUCUUGGACUCGCCCGACUGACUUGAAUAAAGGCGAUCGAUUUGAGGAGUUCAGGAUUACAAGGUUCAAUGCGUUUGCACACCAGCCUACUUGGACCACCUCGCGAAGCUCAUGUCCAGUGGACUCUCCAGCAAGGGCAUUAAAUGACAACGGCGUGGAUAAUAUUGGGGCCUAUUCAUUCAGCGACCUAGGUUUUAUCUACAAUACGACGGCAUUUUCCGAUAUCUGCCUCUCGCCCUCUCUUAAAGAAACAUUUGGAAUGUUUGAGCGGCCUAACGCGGUUAAUGUCGUCCGCGACCUAUUUCCCAUUUUCUCUGAGAGCAAAGUAUCAAGCUUUCAAGACAUUCUCUAUCCUAGCCCUUGGUAUUGGGCCGGAAACGUCACAUACGAAAGCAGCAAGGACUACAAAUGGAAGUCAAAGAAAAAUCAAUUGUUUUGGCGUGGUUCGACGACUGGUGGGCUUUCAAGGGCGGGUGGCUGGAGGCGUCAGCAUCGCCAGCUGUUCGUGAAGGGCUUAAAUGCAUUGGAUGAUGUUAAGGUCUUGGAAAAAAACGAAGGGAAGUGGCUUGCGAAAACAGUCAAGCGGGCUACUUUCAGGCCCCUACUCAAUGUAAACUUCAGCCACGUUGGCCAGUGCGACCCUGAAGACUGUGAAGCUCAAAGAGGGUUCUUCGAUAUCGUCGAACCUUCGGGCCAGCAAGAUGCCUGGGCUUACAAAUACCUCGUGGAUAUUGAUGGAAAUGCCUUUAGUGGACGCUACUAUGCGUUCUUGAAAAGCAAUAGCCUGAUCUAUAAAAUCGCUGUCUUCCGUGAAUGGCACAGUGAAUGGAUACAGCCUUGGGUGCACUAUGUCCCGUUGAGCCUGAAAGGCACUGAGCAUAUCGAAAGUGUGCGGUAUUUUUCCGAGGAGGAAGAAGGGCAGCAACACGCCCAAACCAUCGCCAAAGAGAGCAGUGAGUGGGCCAAAAAAUCUCUGAAGAACGAGGCCCUUGAGGUUUGGUUUUUCCGGUUGUUGUUAGAGUAUGGGAGAGUCGUCGACGAUAAUCGUGACAAUAUAGGAUUUUCGUUGCCUUCGUCCUGA